CUCCGCUGAUGUAUCGUGGUGAUAUAAAAUCUGUGUAUUUGUUUUUCCCUUGGGCCCCCGAGAUCGACUAGCCCUCCCACAUCAUGGAAACUAUUCGAGACUCAGCAUUUGGGAAGCUAGUACGCAUCUUCAGCAGGAAGCGAUGGCUACGUUAUCCCGAAGAGAAUGAUACGGGCAUGUGGACCGAGUACCUGAAGACAGAGAAACAGGUCAAAGAUGAAGAAGCAGCAGCCUCUGAAAGCGAUCACGAAAACCUCGGUCUCUAUACUGUUCUUUCGCAGGCGUCCAGAGCAUCACGCCGCCUAUCAACCGCGUCAACAGCUAGGCAUGACGGGGCAGAAGGAGCGCAUCCAAAUUCCAAUGCAUCACUUGUCAUAGAUUGGAGCGGGCCGGAUGAUCCUGAGAACCCGCAGAACUGGAGCACAUUCAAGAAGCUGUUUGUUAGCAGCUUGAUCUGGCUUCUGACUUUCGCUAUCUACAUCGGCUCGGCGAUAUACACCCCUGGCAUCCCCGGCGUCAGUGAGCAGUUCGGAGUGAGCAGUGUGGCUGCCACGUUGGGACUGACCCUGUUCGUGUUGGGAUAUGGCUUGGGCCCAAUGGUCUGGUCUCCCCUAUCGGAACUCCCUCCAGUCGGUCGAAGCCCUACCUACGUCCUUACACUGUUCGUCUUCGUCUUCUUCCAAUUUGCCGUCAUCUACGCCACAAACUUCGGAAUGCUUCUGGCCUUUCGAUUCCUUACCGGCUUCAUUGGAUCCCCAGCUCUCGCCACUGGCGCCGCAUCGAUGGGUGAUAUCUGGAAUCCUAAGAUGCGCGACUACAUGAUCAUCAUAUGGGGAGCAUUCGCCAUCUCUGCACCAGUCCUAGGACCCCUGGUAGGCGGAUUCGCAGCACAAGCAGAAGGAUGGAAAUGGACCAUAUGGCAGCUCCUCUGGGUCUCCGGCUUUGCUUUGGUUCUCCUAUUCUUCUUCCUCCCGGAGACAUUUGCACCCAACAUCCUCUACCGGCGAGCUCGUCGUGUCCGCCAGAUCACCGGCAACUCCAACUACCGCUGCGAAGCCGAGAUCGAGGUCGCCAACAUGAGGAAGAUGGACAUAAUCUUCGAAGCCCUCGUCCGCCCCUUCGAACUCUGCUUCUUCGAACCCAUCGUUCUAAUAAUGAACCUCUACAUCGCCCUAAUCUACGGCAUCCUCUACAUCUGGUUCGAAGCCUUCCCCAUAAUCUUCAGCGAAAUCCACGGCUUCAACACCGGCCAAAGCGGCCUCGCCUUCCUCGGCAUCCUGAUCUCCACCUGCGCCAUCACCAUCCCCUGCUACUUCUGGUGGAAAUGGAAAUAUCAAGCCAAACACUUUGACGAGAACUGGAACAUCACACCAGAAAGACAGCUGCCCCCAGCCUGCGUCGGAUGCUUCGCUCUCCCCAUCUCUCUCUUCUGGUUCGGCUGGACGGGCCAAUUCGCUUCCGUGCAUUGGAUUGUGCCGAUCAUUGCAUCGAUGUUAUUCGCGGUCGGUGGGUGUCUUAUUUUCAACUGCAUUUUUUGUUACCAGGCGCAUGCGUAUCCGAAGUAUGCGGCAUCGGUGCUGGCGGGAAAUGAUUUCUUGAGGUCGUCGUUCGGCGCGGGGUUUCCGUUGUUUGCUACCGCUAUGUUUCAUAAUCUGGGAGUCGGGUGGGCGUUUUGGGAGGAGGUUGAGGAUGGCGAGUAG